UCGGUCCAUCACUUCAUUUUCGGGUAGACCCGGUCCAUUACUUUUCAUCACUCGCAACUUUCACUACAGCAGCACUGCUUCAAUUUUGUUUCCCUGAUAAAAGAGUAGGGUUCUUAAACACCACUAAAUUCCUCCAUUGCUCAAAAUCCUGCAAAAAGAUGAGAAAUUUCGCAAAAUCUCUGCAAAUUUCAUCAAAUCUAUGGCGUUCUUCAAUAACCCACAAACCAUUAUCUUCAUCUUCAAGCUUCUUAUCUUCUUCAGAACCCUUAAUUUCCCAGGUACCAGUCUCAGAAUCUUCGUCAUUAAACCAAUCCCAAAUCUCAAAUGAUUUAAACGAGGCUAAUUCCCAAAUACCCAUCUCACAAAAUCAUCAAAACCCCACAAAUAUUUCUCAGUCUGAUGAUACAAAUGAAUUAUUGAGCUCAAAGGAACAACCUUCUGCAAUGUCAUACUUCAAAUGGGCUGAAAAUCAACCAGGUUUUGGUGAUGGGGUUGAGUCCUUCUGUUUAUUGCUGCACAAUUUGAGGGAUUUAAAGUUUCAGCAAUCAGCGGUGAAAGAAUUGGUUUCAACCCCGAAAUUUCCUGAUGCUACUACUAUGAUUCAAGGCCUCAAUGAUUGCUCCAAAAGGUUUGAUUUCGAAUUAGAUUCACGAGAUUUUAAUUACUUGCUAUUUGGGUAUCUUGCAACUGAUAGAUUUGAUGAUGCAAUUAGCUGUUUUAAUUGGAUGCUUGAUAGUAACAUUGAUGUGUGGGUGUCAUAUGUGAAUGAUAUUAUUCAAGUGUUAGUGUUUCAAAAGAAUAUGAUUAAAGAAGCUAGGGAGUUGUAUGAUAAGGUGUGUUGUAGAGGUUUUGUUGGGAAUAGUGCUACUGUUCGUUUGAUGAUGAGGGCUUGCUUGAAAGAUGGGGAGCUGAGUGAGGCGGAGCGAUAUUUUAGGUUAGCGAAGGAUCAGGGGGUUGAAUUAGAACCAGGCGUGCUUAGUUGUGCUGUUGGAGUUGUUAGUAAGAAACCUGAUUGUAAUGCAGCCUGUGAGUUGUUGAUGGAGAUGAAAGAGAAAGGUUUUGUGCCCUCUGCCGGUACCUACAACCAAGCUAUUAUCGCGUGUGUGAAGCAGCAGAAUUUGAUGGAAGCUUUGAGACUGAAAGAUGAAAUGAUGUCUGAUGGGAAACCGAUGAAUUUGGUGGUUGCUAUGAACUUGAUAAAGGGGUAUUGUUUAUCGGGUGAAUUGGAGAGUGCUUUAGGUCUGUUUGCUGAAUUAGCUGAGCAUGAACUUACACCAAAUUUAGCCACUUAUUCAGUUAUAAUUGAUGGAUGUUGUAUGAAGGGGGAUAUGGAGAAAGCAUCUGAGCUUUUUGAUCAAAUGACUGAAAAGGGUAUCAAACCCAGUGUUUAUAAUAUUAAUUCAAUGAUUAAAGGGUUUCUGAAAGGUCGGUUAUUGGAGAAAGCCUAUGAGAUGAUUAACAAGGCGGCUGAAUCUGGUUUGGCUGAUGGAUCCACAUAUAACAUAUUAGUAUCUUGGCUUUGUAGAGAUGGCAAGGUGGAUGAAGCUCAAAAGAUUUGGGAUAAGAUGAUAAGAUGUGGAAUCAGACCUAAUGUAGUUAAUUAUAACAACCUAAUUUAUGGUUAUUGUAAGAUAGGAAACGUCGCUAUGGCACAUAGCAUGUAUGUUGAGAUGAUUGCUAAGGGUGUGAAACCCAAUGCUAUCACCUUAACAGUAUUAGUAAGCAGGUAUUUCAAGAAAGGCGAGGUAGAGAAAGCUCUGAAGUUGUUUGAUGAGAGGGUGGACCUAAGGAUUGAUAGUACAGAUUACACUUACAAUACUGUUAUUGAUGGAUUGUGCAAACAUGGGCAAACAUCAUAUGCGAGGAAUCUACUAGAGAAUUUUAUAAAGAAAGAUAAUUUCAUACCAUCUUGCAUGACUUACAAUAUGGUUAUUGAUGGAUUAUUGAAGGAAGGUGAUCUGGAUUCUGCAUUUUCUGUGUAUAAUGAGAUGAGUGAGAAAGGAGUCUACCCUACUGUUUUCACAUACACAAUUCUAAUUAAUGCAUGUUGCAAGAGCAAUAAUUUUGAUCUUGCUUUGAAAAUGCUCAAUGAGAUGAUAAGCAAGGGUCUUAAAUUGGAUAUUACCGCAUAUGGCACACUUAUUGACGCUUUUUGCAAAAGAAGGGACAUGAAGAGUGCGUGUAAACUUUUUGAUGAAUUGUGUGAAGCAGGGUUGUCUCCAAACAUAUAUAUUUAUAACUCCAUGAUCAGUGGUUAUAGGAAUGUAAAUAACAUUGAAGCGGCUCUCUCAUUCCAUAAGAAAUUGACUGAUCAAGGGAUAUUUUGUGAUUUGAAAACAUACACCUCUUUAAUAGAUGGACUUCUGAAGGAAGAUAAACUGCAAUCAGCUUUAGAAUUCUAUGCUGAGAUGGUAGCAGAAGGCAUCGUGCCUGAUGAAAUCACUUACACAGUUUUGGUGAAUGGCCUGUGUAAGAAAGGCAAGCUGGAAAAUGCACAUGAAUUUUUCAAAGAGAUGGAAGAAAAGGGAGCGACUCCUAACUCCCUUAUGUAUAAUGCUUUGGUUGCUGGGUAUUUUAAAGAGGGUAAUUUGCCUGAAGCUUUCAAAAUGUACGAUGAAAUGCUUGAGAGAGGUCUUAGUCCAGAUAGAAUGACUCUUGAUUUUCUCAUGAACGCAAAUUUCAAACCAAGUUACCAGUCAUCCAAGACUUCAAUUUCUUAGCCGUCAGACAUACCUAUAUUCUGCACAGAGGCCAUGUGGUCUGCUUUGCAUGAGCUUUUUGGAGACUUGCAGACAGGUAUAUCUUUUCCAUCAUGGGUGGAGGGACUGCCAUUGUUCAAGCUUAGUGUCAUAGCCGCUCUAGAAAAGUCUAAAGCCUCGAGGAAAAGAAAAUGGGAAACUCACAUCAGCAAAGUACUAGAAGAAUGAAGAUGGAGAGAUAUCACAGAAGUUUGCACUCCCAUCAGCUUGAUCAAGCACAAGUAAUUGACGAACCGGAGAAUCAGACUACUAUAAAAAGAUAUGGGCAUGCUUUGUUUUGUCUGACAGAUGGCUAUCUUCAUCAAGUGAGGUUUCUUCUGGUGGUAAACGACGUUUCUGUUUGGCCUGGUAAUAUCCUAUACUCUAUUAGCUGAAGGUGUUACAGGCUUUAUAUGAUUCUCUCUACGCCAGAAAAUGAUUAUUAGAUAAUGCUGGUUAGAUAUUAUUGUAAUUACCUGCUGCAAAUCUGCAAGUCUUGCGCAGAAAAGUGUACAAUGUAAAUGAUAGUUGGUAGAUGUUUGUAAUUUCAAAGUUGUGUUAAAAUGUUUUACUGUAUUGUUGUUCACUUCACUUCUUACUCCAUAUAAAGUUUGAUUUUUUGAGU